CCAGCCAGCAGGCUGACAUUUUAUUUUAAACCCAGCAGGUGGCGCUCUUACAUAGAAAAAAGCUCUCCCUGUCGGCUUUCAGCUUCUUCAGUGUUGUAAUACACGCAUGUAGCAUAGAGCCAGACCGCUCCAGCUGGCUUCCGGACUUCUCCCUGUGACCGCAGCUGUCUAAUGACAUUGCGGAAACAGCAAUCUGCGGCAGCAAGGGCCGCCGGCAGAUCGCGAUGUAACCCGGAGCUUUUAUACGAUGAGCCACCGUGGGACACCAUGUUUCCUCCUUGUACUUCUUCUCCUAUUGUCUGAUCAUACGAGUCAUUCUCAGCAUUGGUCCUAUGGGCUACGGCCAGGAGGAAAACGUGACAUUGGAACUCUCCAGGAAUCCUAUCCAGAGACCCAGGAUGCGGUCUCCUUGUUCACAGAGCCUCAGCGCCUUGAGUGUUCCUUACCACAGAACAGAUAUGGCCUCUUGAAAGGAGCUUUGAUGAAUUGGCUGGAGGGAGAGGAAAGCAGAAAGAAGAUGUGAAGAGAUCAAGCUGUAUAUUUUACAUGAUAUAAUAAAACAUGAGCUGAGAUCACA